AUGGUGGAGAGGGGAGAGGAAGGGGCGGAGGACUGUUUCGACCGGCUGCCGGACUCGGUGCUGCUGCUGGUCUUCGGCAAGAUCGCCGAUGUCAAGGCGCUCGGCCGCUGCUGCGUCGUCUCCCGCCGCUUCCUCACCCUGGCCCGCCAGGUUGACGACGUCCUCGUCCGCGUCGACUGCGUCGUCUCCGGCGACGACGACCGGAGUUCUCCCGACGAUUAUCCUCCUUCCAACGCUUUCUCUUCCUCCACUCCCUGCGCCGGCAAGCCCCGCGGGCUCUUCUCCGAUCUUCUGCGACUCGUCCUCGGCGGCGUAGCGCGGCCGCUUCAGGCCAUAAGCCAGGUCUUCUCGGGCGGAGGUGCCGGGGGAUCUCCGCGCAAAGCAGCCGCCGUCUCAUCGUCAGCGUCGGAGGCCGCUUCCACGGACACGUCGCGGCACUCGCCGGCCGAGGUGCUGCGCAACUUCAAGGAGAUCCGGCGACUCAGGAUCGAGCUCCCGGCCGGGGAGCUGAGCGUCAACGACGGGGUGCUGCUCAAGUGGAAGGCCCAGUUCGGUUCCACCCUGAACAACUGCGUCGUCCUCGGCGCCUCCUCCGUGCUCUCGCCGGAGGCGACGCCCCCGUCCCCCCCCGCAGCCGACAAGGGCAGCGACGCCGUAAGCCCCGCCGGCGAAGAGGGUGAGGAGGGCCUCCUCCGCCGGGAGACGAACGGCGGAGAGAGAAUCCCGGAGUCGUUGUUCGCGAACGGAAGCCUCAAGCUCGGAGUGGUCUGGACGAUCAGCUCCCUCAUCGCGGCCUCCGCGCGGCACUACCUGCUGUACCCCGUCAUUACCGAGCACGAGACGUUGGAGAGCCUGGAUCUGGCAGACGCCGACGGGCAGGGCCUGCUGCGGAUGGAUCUCCGGCAGCUGGAGGAGCUGCGGGAGCAGCCCAUCACGGCGGCGGGCUCAUCGCAGCGCACCCUCGUGCCGUCGCUGCAGCUGAUGCUCUGGUUCGCCCCCCACCUGGAGCUCCCCGGAGGCACGGUCCUCAAGGGUGCCACCCUCGUGGCCAUCCGCCCCUGCGACGACGACUCCCCGGCCUCCACCUCCGGCGCGGGAGAGGACACAGGCUGGGUCUCCUCCGCCUUCGAGGAGCCGUACGCCACGGCAGCCCAACAGCUCCUCCGUAGGAAGUUGUACCGUCUGGAGAUGAACUCCUUCUGA